AUGUACGGUUCAUACGGCUGUGUAAACGCACCCAUACGAGGCUAUAUAAGCGCAAACCACAUGACAGCUCGUCCAUUUAAGUCCGUGACUUUUUACUGUGUAUUACUUUGCACUUGUUCUUAAAUUUCGAAGGAAGUCCUUACACGAUUCAAAAUGGGUAGGGAGAACAAGGCAGCCUGGAAAGCUAACUAUUUCGUUAAAGUUGUUCAACUUUUGGAUGAAUAUCCAAAAUGUUUCAUCGUCGGAUGCGACAAUGUUGGUUCGCGUCAAAUGCAAAGCAUUCGUACAUCAUUGCGUGGUUUGGCCGUCGUAUUGUGCGGUAAAAACACCAUGAUGCGUAAAGCCAUCCGUGGUCAUUUGGAGAACAAUGGCCAAUUGGAAAAGAUUUUGCCACACAUCAAGGGCAACGUUGGUUUCGUGUUCACCAAGGGUGAUUUGGGUGAGGUACGUGAAAAAUUGACCGAAAGCAAAGUUCGUGCUCCAGCCCGUGCUGGUGCUAUUGCACCAUUGGAUGUCAUCAUUCCAGCUCAAAACACCGGUUUGGGUCCAGAAAAGACAUCUUUCUUCCAAGCUUUGUCAAUCCCAACCAAAAUUUCAAAGGGUACAAUUGAAAUUAUCAACGAUGUGCCAAUCUUGAAGCCAGGCGACAAAGUCGGUGCUUCAGAAGCCACUUUGUUGAACAUGUUGAAUAUUUCACCAUUCUCGUACGGUUUGGCCAUUCAACAAGUGUACGAUUCCGGUUCAAUUUUCUCACCCGAUAUUUUGGACAUCAAACCAGAAGAUCUUCGUGCCAAAUUCUUGGCUGGUGUUGCUAAUUUGGCUGCCGUUUCAUUGCAAAUUGGAUACCCAACCAUUGCAUCGGCACCACACAGCAUUGCCAACGGUUUCAAGAACUUGCUCGCUUUGGCCGCCACCACCGAUGUCGAAUUCGAACAAGCCACCACCAUCAAGGAGUACAUCAAGGAUCCAUCGAAAUUUGCCGCCGCCGCCGCUGCUGCAGCCCCAGUUGCCGCUGCCGAAAGCAAGAAGGAAGAGAAGAAAGAAGAGAAAAAGGAAGAAUCCGAAGAAGAGGAUGACGACAUGGGCUUCGGUCUUUUCGAUUAAACCAGCACUUCUACAAUGGUUUGAGAUAAAAGUUUGCCCAUUUGUUAAAUGGAUUGUGUAAAUACUCGUCUGGCGGUCGGAUCGCCUAUGGCGACAUACACAAUCAAUUAUCAUAUUCGGCAUUUUUAUCUCAUUUUUCGCAACCAAACAAAAAAAACAACAUUACAACAAUGUUGAACAAUUAAAAAAAAUCUCAUUUGUACGUUGUAACAUCAUUGGGGUUUUCAAUUCGUUGAACAACUUUAAUAAAUUGUACAAAUUGACAAAAAA